CAAAUCGCCCUGUUCAUUUGCACAAAUACACACACACACGUACAGCUUUACGGGUGUUGGCCCAGUUCGGCAGUAGCUUACUAACUUCAUUUUCGCCAUGGAGGUAAACACCUACAACAUCCAGGUUCUCCUGCAGGCCGCUGAGUACCUGGAGAGGAAAGAGAGAGAAGCUGAACACGGCUAUGCCUCAGCACUCCCAUUUUACAGCAAAGACUCUGAGAAACGAAACAGACAGAAAAAUAAGAGGACUUCUCCAGGGAACAGCAGGUCAGUUCACAAUGAAUUGGAAAAGCACAGACGAGCUCAGUUGCGUCACUGCUUGGAGCAGUUAAAGCAGCAGGUCCCACUAUCCUCAGACUCGACGAGGAACACCACUCUGAACCUGCUCAGGAGGGCACAGCUACACAUAAAGAAACUGAAAGAACAGGAUGAGCGGGCCAAACUUCUAAAAGACAGACUGCGCUGGGAGCAGCAGGAACUGCGUGUUCGGCUGCAGCAGCUGCAGGGUGGCGUGGAGAGGAUGCGCAACGACAGCUUGGGCUCAGCUGUAAGCUCAGAGAGAUCUGAUUCAGACAGAGAGGACGUAGAGAUUGAUGUUGAGAGCAUGGUGUGGACCUUGGAGUCUGAUGGUCUAGGCAUGGCACAGACUGUUGAGCAUAGUUACUCUACACCUGAACAUGCAUGGUUAUGACGACCAUACGGCUGCUAGAAUGAAUUCCGACACAUUCCAAAAACGGUAUUUUGAGGUCCUGGAAGAACAAAACGGGCCUUGAACCAAAAAUAUCUAGUGGCUUGUCACAAAAAUACUCUGCUGCCAUUUUUUAAAACAUCACACUCAGGCUUUUGCAAGCAUGACUGGAAUUUUUGGUGAAUUUGUUUUGUUUUUCCUGAGAAAUAAUGAUGGUGCUCUAGGCAGACACUGUUGAUUAACAGAGCUGCGGCAACAUGGACAUGCUUUUUCCUUCCAAAUUCGCUCUCUGAUUCUGUUGCUAACAAUGGCCAACAUGUUGCUGAUAUGGCACAAAACACAAACAAACAAACUCUGAUUCUGUUGCACUUGUCAGUCGCCUCCCUUUGAGCUAAUUGGCUUCUUUUCUAGGGUCAGCCUGCAGUAUAGAUUCCUUGCACUUAUCAACUAUCACUUAUUUAAUUAUUGUAUCCUUUUCUCUUAUUUCAGUACAUUGCACAAACCAGCUGCCUCAGCACUUACAGCGUUUCGUACUAAUUCUGGGCUUCCCUUUAGGAUAAUGUCCAGGCAUUUUCCUCAGUGUUGUUAAAGCUUCUCUGUUCUGGAAGGUGUACAGUACUCACACUUAUUUUACAAACUCUGCACUGCAAAUAAAUAACUGACUUGAGCUGCAUCUGGUAAAGGUAAAAAUAAAAUUCCUGGUUUGGCCAGUUAAAAUUGGAUGUAAUACACUUAAGAUUUAUUACUAGUUAGGUUAGAUCAUUUUCAAAUAGCUUCAGGUUUAAAGGUGCACUUCACCCACAUGGUGUCACUAGUGUCCAAAAUGUAAAUGGGAUUUUUUUAUUAGCUCAUUUACAUAAAGCUAACUGCACUUGUACUGCCAUACUUGGGGUGAAGUAAACCUUUGAGGCCUUUUAGAAUUUGUUGCUGUAGAAGUUUAAUUGAAAGUUGUUCUUUCCUCACAAAGUUCAACAACUUUAGUAGUGUCCAGUAAUAGUCUGAAGGCCAUUCGGAUCAAUUCGACCCAAGCCCAUUUCAGAAUGUUAAGUGUAUUUUAGAUAAGAAUGUAGAUUAAUAGAAAUAUUUCCCCAUUUUUAAUGUAGUAGAUAGUGUACACCUCAAAGGAGUGUUUCCAUACUUUAAAACUCUUUAUUUUUUACCACAGCUGUACUGUAUGUGCAACUCCACUAUGUUUAAAGUAGCAAAAUAUGUUGGACAUAACAGCAAACGUUCUGCUGAAAUGCAAGUCAUUUAUGCAACUAAUGCUAAUAAUGUACUUUAACAGUCAUGCUUGUUUUUAUUAUGUUUAUUUUACAUUUGUACAGUUAUUCAAUGUAAAUGUACACAGCUAAAUAAUACACUGUAAAUGUGAUUGUGAACACCAAAUGCCUUAUGAACAUUUUGUACGUCAUUGGAACACCUUUGUAUUUAUCUCCUCUCUGUGUACUCAUAUGUAGCAUUUUUUUAUCAAUGUAAACCUUUUGUACAAAUAAAUAUUUUAUGUAUUUA